AUGCCAGCAACUACAGCUUCCUCCUUCCCUUGGAAGCAGCUUGUCUGGGAUGCUGCCACGCAGGAGAAGUAUGAUACCGAACCAGAGUACGCCAAAGCAAAGCAGGUGAUUCAAGAUGAAUUUGGCCAAGACAAGCUGUUCCAGGGCUGGAUCAAAACGUGCACAGAGCUGGAGAGGUUGACGACAGAGAUUCAAGAAAAGAAGGAAAAGAUAUUCCCUGUGAUUGAGAUGGAAGAUAUUGUUAAUAACCGAGUGUCCCUGGAUACACUGACCAACGUCCGCCAAGUCGGAAGUUUCAUUGUGAAAAAUGUCAUUCCUGGACAGGAAGCGAACGAAAUAUUUGAGCAGCUUAAACUCUACGUUGCAAACAACAAAGACAAAAUAGCAGCAGCGCCGGUCGAACAACCCGCCAUCUUUUCCAUCUACAACGCACCCUCUCAGAACCGUCUUCGCAGUCAUCCCCGGCUUUUAGAAGUGGUCAAGUGGGCGAAUGGCACUUGGGACUACGCCAAAGAUGACGCGGAAACAUCCCCACGCCCACUUGUGUACGCCGAUCGCGUUCGUAUACGCCAGCCUGGUGCCAAAUUUCUUGGGCUCGGCCCUCAUAUCGACUCAGGGGGUCUCUGCCGUUGGACAGAGCCAAUCUAUCGCAGUGUAUACACCGACGUUUUCGAAGGCAACCCGGAUAAGCAGAACUGCUAUGAUAUGCGCAAGCGCAAGGAUGCAGACCAGGGAUUCUACUCCGAUGACUCCCAGUCAACUGUAUUGAGAUGCUACCAAGGAUGGACGGCGCUGACUCCAACAGCUGAGGGUGAAGGAACCAUCAUUCUAUAUCCUAAUGUCCGGCUGGUCAUGGCCUACGUACUUCUGAGGCCGUUUUUCCAGCCUCCGGAGGAUGCGACCAAAAUCAUGGACCCACAGGAGUGGACUUACAAUCCGACUGGGACCUGGUUUCCUGGUGCUCAGGUGGACGGCAAAUUGGAUCUCAGUCCCGCCUCUCACCCUCAUCUACGUCUCGAAGAAAACUUUCUUCACAUACCACCACUGGAAGCCGGUGACACUGUUUGGUGGCAUUCAGAUGUCAGUGUUCCAAGUCAUACUUUUGUACCAACAAGGCAAUUUGCUUACAUGAUUCAGGUCUGCCAUGCUGUUGAUCCAGAACACAACGGAAAGAAGGCAGCAAGCGUCGCCUACAUUGCUGCCACCCCAACCACUCGCAUGAACACACAGCAAAUGCGUCUCCAGUACGAUAGGAUGGUGGCGGGUCUUCCGCCGCCAGAUUACAACGAUGGAGUCGACGAGUCCAAAUUUAUUGGUUUUGAGGGUUUCAAGGGAAACGAGGACCUGUGGCAAGCAUUAAUGGGAUACUAA